CACCCGGCCCAAGCCAUCCUUAUUAAAAGUCUUAAAACCCUAAGUCUCUUACAUGCCUGCCACCUCUUUCGCGCUUCCUAGGCGGCGAUUAACUCCCUUCUCGUCCGUCCGCGGAGGGCGAAUCAGGGCGUUGGCGGGCGGUUUUUAUUGGUCCAGUUGCGAUUUGCUGCGCGGCGAUCCACCUCAGCCUUCCAAGGAGGACCGAAGAAACUCUAGCGAAUUCGAAAGAGGAUAUGGGGGUGGAAUUGAUGAGCAACAACGACAUGGCUUUUUAUGAGAUGGAGGACGGCUACCUCAGUGAUACCGAGGCAUUUUCCUCUGUCAUGCAAGUCCUUGACGGUGUUCGGAUGGCUCCAAAUUUGAUAGCUGAAAGUGACAGAGAUCAGUAUGACAAUCUGCUUAGCAUUGUGGAUCCAGUUAAGAAAAUGGGUCCUGAUGAGGAGGCUUUGCUGGUGACGGCUUUGAAGGCACUUUCAGGAGCUGUCUCCAAGAUAGACACUGUAUUUCAUGGCUCUCUGUUGAAUAAUAUUUUCUCAAUGUGUGUUUGGAACUAUGGCUUGGAUGCUAGAAAUGCACUGUUAGAAUUAAUCACUACCUUGGCGGCUGUACCUGACAAGUUUCUCGAUGGUUGUUUGCACAUGCUUGUUGGCAAUUUUCUGCCACCUCGAAGGCUGCGAGAAUCAAUUAGCCAGUCACGAUCACUCACAAGAAAGAAAGAAGUUCAUAGUCAGCUGCAGAUGGCAUUGCAUCAUAUUGCUGAUUUGGUGCCUCUUGCUCCGAUGAAGCUGAAGGAUGUCAUUGAUAAAAGAAUGCCUAGAUAUACUGAUCCCAAAGAUGUGAUUGUAGUGUUUGUGGAAUGCAUGCUGGGACUGGAAAGUGAUGAAAUUGGGGAAUUCCUUGGAAAUAUGUUGCUUGCGAAGGCGAUGGAUCUGCUUACAGACUUAGAUGUAAAUAUAAGCUGGGAAGACAUUCUACAGGAAGACCAUAACAAAGGCAUAUUUGACAUGGAACUCGAAGAGUGGGAGGAAAAUACAAAUAGCACUGGGAAAGAUGGCAUAAAGCCCCUGGAAGAGGCUAAUGGAGUCCUCAGUGGCAAUGUAUUUGCUGAGAAAUUGGACGUUUUGAUGGUGAUUGUGUGUGAGCAUCUCAAAUUAUGUGCAGAUGGUCGCCGUUUGUUGAAGGUAUUUGAAAUGCUUACAGAGAUCUUUCGGAGAACUGUACUGAAUGCUCACAAGUCAAAGUUUGCUCAGUUUGUGAUGUUCUAUGCCUGUUCAUUGGAUCCUGAAAUCUGUGGUCUGAAAUUUGCUGUUGUGCUGACAGAUAUUUUUGUUUCAAAAACAGAGAGUCCAAUGUCCAGAAUGAGUGCUGUUUCAUAUCUUGCAAGUUAUUUGUCCCGAGCUAAGUUUAUUUCUGCUGUCAUGGUUGCAAGUAUACUUAAAAGAUUGGUGGACUGGGGUUUUGAGUAUUGCCAACUACAUGGCAUUCAGGAUAAAAUAGUCAAGCCUGAAGCUCAUCGUGUCUUCUAUUCCGGAGUUCAGGCUGUGAUGUAUGUCCUCUGCUUUCGCAUGAGGUCGAUAAUGGAUGUUCCCAAUCUCAAAUCACUGCUUUUUCAUAUGCCUCUAAGUUCGAUCUUAUGUCAUCCCUUGGAUCCUCUAAAGGUAUGCUUGCCUUCAAUAGUGCAGGAGUUCCUGAGGCAGGCCCAAGCUGCUAGAUUGUUUAGCAUGUCAGUGCCUUCCCUCUAUGACAACUUACUUGAGUCUGAAUUCUCGAAGGCUAUUGGGGGAAUCGAGAGGUUGGACAUGUUCUUCCCAUUUGAUCCAUAUUUGCUAAAAGAAUCCGACAGGUUUAUGCGACCGAAUUUUGAGUUCUGGGCCAUGGUAAAGACAACAUACAGUAACUGCAACAGUGAAGAUGAGGAUGGGUAUGACGAUCUCGAUGCACCAGAUUUUGCAGACAAUGUGGGGAGCUUUGAAGGGAAUGAUAAUAACGACCUUGACAGUGAGGAUGAUCUUGAAUACUCCAUCAACAAGAUGUCAAUAACUCCGAAGCCUGCCUUCCAAUAUCCUGCAGCUGCUAACUUCCACAUACCCUCUCGAAUGCCCGCCAGAAUCAGACCAUCUGUGAGCCCUACCUGGUAGAGAUCCAUUCAAUGUUUUGUUUGAGUUAUUAUUUUCUCCUCAAGACAGGGCCGCCAAAUGCUGGUAAACGGGAACUAGCUGCUACAGGUAGCUUGCCUAUAGUAGAUGGCAUGGAGCUUGUACAGCCAUUUGAUAGUGUAAUCCAGUCCAAUUUUUCUGCAAUUCGUUGCAGUUGAUUAGUUUCUCAUCAUAACGUGUAAAGUAGGAAGAUGGGAGUGAUGUUGAUACAAAAACAUUCUGCUGAAAUGUAUAUGAAAGUCGGUCUGUAACCCGUCAGGAUCAAGGACAAGCUUUGAAAGUAGAAUGUUUCAAAGAGAAGCUCUGCAGAGAAGAUCAGAUUGAGAGUUGCUUAUCGAUUUAAUGGUGUUUAAUAUAGUUGUGAUUUGGGUUA